CAACUCCACGGUCAUUCUAUGCAAUCUAUAUUUAUUAGCUCCAGAGAUCAUUAUCUUUAUUACACAUCCUGUACCUAAUCCUAACUAAUCCGUAGAGAAAUACAAGCAAUAUUUUAGAAUUCAAUAUACACUCUAAGCUGAUACUCUGCCUUCGCUUUAAUAUAAUGUGAUAUUAAAGAUAUAGAUAGAGAAUUUAAACGGGACGUAACAAAAUACACCUUAAGUAGAAAUCAUGUGCCUGAAGUGUAAAUAGCACAUUCUUCUGUUUAUCAAGCUAAUCAAUUUAUCAGAAUUAUUGCAAAAAAGACAACAACUAGUUUUUGAUAUGCAGCUGGAGGUAAAGCGUUAGUUUCCUUUGGAUUGUAAGAAACAUAAGCCUUGCAAAAGUGGCCUCUAUCCCAACUUGUACUCACAAUCAUCAUAGUUUAAACGUCCAGUUAGCUAUCGAAAGCGUUUUAGCAAUACACUGAUUAUGUCUUUUUCAAAUGGUAUUGAGAAAAUCGUAACUACUAUUUCAAACACGUUGCCACAUGCGCGUUCCUAAAUGUUGAAGUAUUAUUACUUGUAGAUCUCAUAAUGGCAGACAAUCAAUCGAAGAAGGAUAAGAAAAAGAAGAGAAAAUCGUAUAUCAAAGAUGGUGUCGUGCUCAAGGUGUCAGACAUCGAACGCGAAUGUGACAGGCUGCGUAGGAGGCCCAGGGCUGCUCUGUAUCCGCUUUUGCCAAUCACCGAACCCUUAAAAUUGAAGCGGAAGUCUAUCCACAUUCCAAAGGGUAGACGGCGGCAUCGGAAACACUGCAGAAAGAGAUUAAAUCAGGUUGGCAUUGAAAGGCGGAAGACGCCUAUUUGUCGGGGACUGAACAGUCGCACACGCCUGGUGACCACCACCACCACCAGUGGCAGUGAGGUCAGCAGUCUAGCUUGCUCAAGGAAUAGGGACCUUCUAGCUUUGCACAAUCAGAAAGACUCGCUCAACAAACCCCAUUGGGCAUCCGCGGAACUGUUCUGUGGGGAUUGCUCUUUCGAACCUCCAAGGAACUUUGGGACACUAGAGCAUCCAAGACACCACCACUACCACCACAAGAAGCAGAAACAUCGAAUCUGUCAUCACAAUCCUCUUCUGAUUGGACACAGGACUUCAGUGACCACCUCACUGAAGGACCUAAGGGGUCAUGUUGGCAAGCACCGCAGGAGGUGUCUUGAUCCAGAAUCUGGCCUUGGGGAUAGGGAAAGUACGUCCAGCAACAGCAGGUCGCGAAAGAUAGUGAGUUUCAUAGUAGCUUCGGUGGCCUCUUUUAUCUUGAUGAUGUGCGUGGCAUUGGUGGCAGUGACUUUGAGGUUAACACCAGCCAUUGAUGAACUCGUGCGCAAAGGAAACGAAGAAAUCUAUCGUUCCAUGUCAGCUGGUGCUUCUACUUCUUCGCCGACGACAGAGGACGCUGUUGUCGCAAACAACACAACGCCAUCUAGCGGCACACCAGGAUGAUGAACAGGUGCCACUGAAAAAACGAAGACGUAGUUCAUUAUUGUGUAAUAUGAAAAUAAAAUGUGUCAACUAGAUUGUUACGUUGCGUAGAUUCUAUAACGAGUUAAAAGCUUAAAGUGUUGUUAUGGGAUUUAUCCAGGUUUAUAUUGAAUAAACUGGUACUAUACUACUUUAAUUCAGAAGCUCAAAUGCUUAAAAAAAAGUUGUUCUUACUAAAAUCCAUUACCUUUGGAAUUCAAUGAAUUUUUCACAUUCCAAUUCAGAUUCAAGCUUAUUUCUAGCAUGCGAAAUAAUAUAAUCCCUCAUUAUAUAAUUGUUUCUAGAGAUACGAAAUGAAAAAAAGGUUCGCUUCCGGCGAAUUUUUGUGCCAAAACAAAGAGCUACAUUUUAAAUCACUAAUUUUUGCUUAAUUUCUUUACCGAAUUGAAACAUUCUCUUUAAUUAUAAUGAAAGUAAUUUUUUUAAUCCAAUUAUAGCUUUUUUUUUCCCUUUGAAGUAAACUUAUAGCUCCAUAUUUUUAACAUUA